GGUUCCUAUAUAAACCCCUUUUCUCUCUAUUUCUCCUUUCAUGCCAAAGCACUUCUUUUUCUUGCAUGCAGCAAAACAAUUCAUCAAUCUCCUUCUUCCAUUUGUGUUUUCUCCAUUAAAGCUAUUUUCUUUUGUGAUUUGUAUUACAGUAGUAAGAGAGCACAAUGUUGAAAAACAAAGCAGCUAAAUUCUUGAAGAGAAUAACAUUAGUAUUGGCAUCAAUGGCCAAAGCUAAAACACUAGCUCUCAAAAGCAAAACCAAUGCUUUGAGGACAAGAUUAAUGAUAUUUUCUCUAUUGAGAGACAACAAGAAAAUUCUUUUGAGCUCAAUUUCUCAAAAGCUCCAUGCUUUAGUUACCCAGAAGGAACAUGACAAGAAAGACGAAGAAGAAAUAGAAGAUCAAAGCAACGCCAUAGUUCUGUAUAACCAUAGCUCCAUGUCUCUUCCAAACCCAAGUGAAGCAGAGGUUAUGGAGAAUAUUAUAGCAGAGAAUGAUGCAGUACAAGAAAAUGGGUAUUGCUAUGGCUAUGGAUAUGAAGAAGAAGUUGAAGGAGAGAAAUUCCCAGAUCUGACCCAUUCAUUGUUUGAUUCUGAAGAUUUAGAGUUUGAAGAUCCAGGUGGGUCAGUGAUAGAUAUCGUGAAGAACUCAAAACAAGAAGCAGGAGAAGAGUUCAGUUUAGAAGAUGAGAUAGACCAUGUAGCAGAUUUGUUUAUAAAGAGAUUUCAUAGACAAAUGAGAAUGCAGAAACAACUCUCUGUUAAGAGGCAUCAGGAAAUGCUUGAAAGAAGUGCUUAAUUUCUAUUUGCAAGAACGCUAAAUUGAAGAGUACAUGAAUAUUGGUGUUCAGCUACUUAAUUAUGGGCAAUUCUGAUAAAUACCUAAUAUUUUAUUUAUUAUUUUUUUUUUGUUUCUUCUAUUUGAGAAAUAUAAAUUUGUAUAUUUUUGUAUUGAUAAACUUGAAGCUGUUACAAAUGCUCCUUGAUUUAACUCGGUGACAACAAGAGAAAAACAGAUCAUGCCCUGUUUUAUAAGGCAUUUCUGUACAUUAUCCUCUAGUUUAUUUAAAUAAAAGGUUCAACUGUUCAAGUUA